AUGGGCGAGGAACAACGGGUGAACUACUCCUCGCCGUCGGACGGGGGUAAGACGUUGAUUAUCGUCUGUGUGGUGCUGUCUGUUUUCCAGAUCGUCUUUGUGGCCGCGCGGUUCUAUACGCGCUACAUGCAGCGGAUGAGAUGUGGACUCGACGACUAUGUUAUGCUAAUUGCCUUGGCUGGAAGCUUGGCCAAGGCAAUCCUUUUUAUCGUCUUGGUUGAACUCGCAGGACUCGGGUAUCAUAUCAAGAACCUAACCCACCCAGAGGAGAAAGUAGCUCUCGUGCGCAAGUUCUUCUUCGUCCUCGAACUUCUCGACUUUCCUCUCUGCAUAACCCCCGCCAAAAUCUCUAUCCUCCUCUUCUACAUCCGGAUCUUCUGCAUCCGCAAAUUCCAGAUUCUCGUCUACCUCGUCGGAUCUCUAGUCCUAGCCAUCGGCAUCACAGUCUUUUUCCAAACCAUUUUCCAAUGCUCACCGGUCUCCUAUGGCUGGAAUCCUACCGUCGGUCAUGGAACUUGCAUCGAUCAGACUCUAUUCUAUGAAUAUAUCUCGCCUUUCAACAUUUUGACGGGUAUUUUGAUACUUGUCUUGCCGUUGCCGUUCGUAUGGAAGUUGCAGGCGCCGAAGGCGCAGAAGGUGGCGCUGACCAUAGUGUUCUUUCUGGGUGGACUGUGA